AUGCCUGGCGAAGAAGAGAUUAUCUCCUACGUUGCUGACUACUUGAAGCGUAACGGCUACAAAAAGGCCGAAAGUGCUCUACGCAAGGAGGCUAAGGGCAAAAUAACCGAAGUCGAGGGAAAAUUAGAGGAUAAAUGGGUAGAGAGCACGGAGGGCUCUCAGGACGAUUCUUCUUUGGAGUCGAGCUCCGAUGGUGAAUCCAGCAGCUCGGAAUCAGACAGCGAUUCCAGCUCCGAUUCUGAAGAUGAUUCGAAUUCCAGCAGUGAUUCAAGCUCUAGCUCGGAUUCCGAGUCGGAUGAAGCUUCGGAGAAUAGCUCCGAUGACGAAUCGGCCAGGGAGGCUGGCUCUGGCUCUAGCUCUGAUUCCAGCUCUGACAGUGAUGGGUCGAGCUCAGACUCUAGCUCAGACUCAGAUUCAGACUCAAGCUCAGAUUCAGACUCAGAUUCAGACUCAAGCUCAGAUUCAGACUCAGAUUCAGACUCAAGCUCAGAUUCAGACUCCAGCUCCGACUCUGGUAGCUCUAACUCCGACUCUGGUAGCUCUAGCUCCGAUUCUGACAGCUCUAGCUCCGAUUCUGACAGCUCUAGCUCUGACAGCUCUAGCUCUGACAGAUCCGACUCCGAGAGCUCAGAUUCGGACAGCUCGGACUCAGAUUCGGACUCAGACAGCUCGGAUUCUGACUCUGAAUCUGACAGUUCAGACUCCAGUUCCGAUAGUUCAGUCUCGGACUCAGAUGCUGGCUCUCAAGCUGGCUCAACUUCGGGUUCCGACUCCGACUCAAGCUCUGACUCCGAGUCCGACAGUGAGUCCGAGUCCGAAAACACCAAGAAGCGCAAGAAAAAUUUCAACGAGCCUUCAUCCAAAAGAAGCAAGUCUGGAGCAGACUCUCCUUCGUCGUCCUCCACUGCUUCGCAACCAGACAGCCCUAGCGAAUCUUCCAGAGACUCGAAGUCGCCAAUACCAGCUCCGGUCGAGAGCCUGAAGCCUGGCCAGCGCAAACAUUUCUCGCGCAUUGAGAAAGAAAAGGUUGCGUUCGAAGACAAGGCUCUAAUGGAUAAUACAUACAAGGGUGCCGCUGGCACUUGGGGAGAGCAGGCCAACGAGCGACUUGGCAAGGUGAGGGGCAAGGAUUUCACAAAGAACAAGAAUAAAAUGAAGCGUGGCUCUUACCGUGGCGGAUCGAUCACCAUGGCGAGCGGGAGCUAUAAAUUUCAAGAUUAAAUAAUGAUUCAG